AUGAUGGACAGCUACGGUACAAUUUAUCCAUUGACCAAUCCUUUGUUGCUUGCCACUAGCGCUCUUGCAGUUGCUGGAUGGCUUAUUGCUUUCAUUGGUGCAUGUGUUGCUGCAUUCCAUGGUGUCGUUUGGUGGAUCAUCAUCUUUGAGCUAUUCUUUACAGUUGGCAUGGUUGCAUCACUGGGUAUAGGUGCAUUUGGCCCACACCGUGGCACGCUGUUGACAUUUUUGGCUAUCAGCUUUGUGUAUUUGACCUAUGCCAUCCCUAUCGUCUUGUUCGAUCAUUCAGAUGGUGGCCGUGCCACUACCGGUGGUCUCAUCAUCAUGGUUAUCAUGCAGGGCUUGUGGAUUUUCCUCCUCGGCAUUUCCAACGAAUCUCGUCUGUACUCGCUCUUUUAUGGAGGUAGCGGUCGUGGUGGCUUCCCCGAAAUUCGUGCACCUGCCAUCAGCCGCAACUUUGUUCAUCCUCAACGUAACAAGGAAAGCACUCUUCCUCAGACUACACAAGGCACUUCACCGAUCCCGGAAGCUCACCAAAAGCCCCAACGCUUCCCUACAGCAACUGCCUUGCAUACUUAUCAAGCCAAUCCUGAGGAUCCAAGUGAAUUGUCCUUUAGCAAGGGUGAUGAACUCGAAAUCUUGGAUCGCAAGGGCAACUGGUGGCAAGCUAGAAAGCAGGAUGGUGCUACUGGCAUCGUACCCAGCAACUAUGUAAGAUGA